AUGUACUUUCUUCUCAGCAAUCUAGCAGUGCAAGACAUAAUACUUUCAACUAUAACCAUACCAAAGAUGUUGGCUAUUUUUCUUGUUAAUUCCAAGACUGUUUCAUUCAAUGCAUGUUUUGCACAGCUUGGCAUUUUACAUUCACUUGGUGUUUCAGAAGGAUUUUUUCUUGUUGUAAUGGCGUUUGACCGCUAUGUAGCUAUCUGCAGUCCUUUGCAUUAUAUGUCUAUAAUGACCAAAAGAGUCCUCAUUCAAAUGACAUUAGCAAGCUGGAUAAUUGCAUUUGUGAUCAUUGUACCACCUGUUAUUUUAGCUGCACACCUACCUUUCUGUGGACCAGACCAAGUGAGUAAUGGAUUUUGUGAUCAUUUCUUUGUAGUUAGAUUAGCAUGCACAGAUAUUACUUUGCAUACCGACCUAGCUUUUUUUACUGUAAUGACUCUUUCAUUGUUACUUUCUUCAGUAGUAGUAUUUUCAUACAUGAAAAUAAUUGUCACAGUACUAAAGAUAAACUCUGCAGAAGGGCGUAAGAAAGCCUUUUCAACUUGCAGCUCUCACCUGACAGUAAUCACCACAUAUUAUAUAUCUGGUGCUAUUACAUACAGCUCUUAUAAACUGGGAAGCACAUCUGAUGAAUUUCAUGCUUUUGGUACAAUUUUCUUUACAAUUCUAACUCCUACAUUAAAUCCUUUCGUUUACGUUCUGAGAAACAAAGAAAUUAAAUCAGCUGUUAAAAAAAUUUUAAAAUGA